CGCCCGCCCCGCCGGCAGCCGCUCGCUCACUAGCUCGCUCGGCGGCGCUCUGAGGUGUGUGGGGCGUCGAGCCCCCCAGCCCCGUGAGGCGCUGCGCGGCGCGGCGGGAUGCGGCGGCGGCCGUGGCGGGGCCGCGGGCCGGGCGGGCGGGCUCGGUGAUGAGCGUCGGCAGCCGCCGCCAUGUCCAAGGUAACGGCGCCGGGGCCCGGGCCGCAGCCAGUGGCGGCGGCGGGCGGGAAGGAGAAGCGCUCCUUCAGCAAGCGGCUGUUCCGGAGCGGCCGCGCGGGCGGCGGCGGCGGCGCUGGGGGCCCCGGGGGGCCCGGGCCGGCCGCGCCCGCCUCGCCCUCGUCGGCGCGCUCGGUGGGCAGCUUCAUGAGCCGCGUUCUCAAGACGCUGUCCACGCUCUCGCACCUUAGCUCCGAGGGCGCCGCCCCGGACCGCGGCGGCCUCCGCAGCUGCUUCCCACCCGGGCCGGCCGCCGCGCCCACGCCGCCGCCGCCGUGCCCGCCGCCGCCCGCCUCGCCCGCGCCGCCCGCCUCCGCCGCCGAACCGGUGCCCGGGGUGGCGGGGCUCCGGAACCACGGCAACACGUGCUUCAUGAACGCCACGCUGCAGUGUCUCAGCAACACCGAGCUCUUCGCCGAGUACCUGGCGCUCGGCCAGUACCGGGCGGGGCGACCCGAGCCCUCGCCCGACCCCGAGCAGCCUGUGGGCCGCGGCACGCAGGGCCAGGGCGAGGUCACCGAGCAGCUGGCGCACCUGGUGCGGGCCCUCUGGACCCUGGAGUACACCCCGCAGCACAGCCGCGACUUCAAGAGUAUUGUGUCAAAGAACGCACUGCAAUAUCGGGGAAAUUCCCAGCAUGACGCCCAGGAGUUUCUGCUGUGGCUUCUGGACCGAGUUCAUGAAGACCUCAAUCAUGCUGUGAAGCAGAGCGGCCAGCCUCCUCUGAAGCCACCGUCAGAGACUGAUAUGAUGCCCGAGGGACCAUCUUUUCCUGUCUGUAGCACUUUUGUACAAGAACUUUUUCAAGCCCAGUACAGAUCUUCUUUGACAUGUCCUCACUGUCAGAAGCAGAGCAACACUUUUGACCCUUUCCUCUGCAUUUCUUUGCCAAUUCCUCUACCCCACACAAGGCCUCUCUAUAUUACCGUAGUGUAUCAGGGGAAAUGUUCUCACUGCAUGAGGAUUGGUGUGGCCGUGCCUCUGUCUGGGACUGUCGCCAGGCUUCGGGAAGCAGUGUCUAUGGAAACAAAGAUCCCCACUGAUCAGAUUGUGUUAACGGAAAUGUACUAUGAUGGGUUCCAUCGUUCCUUUUGUGACACUGACGACCUGGAAACAGUCCAUGAAAGCGACUGCAUUUUUGCCUUUGAGACUCCAGAAAUAUUUAGGCCUGAAGGAAUUCUCAGUCAAAGAGGAAUCCACUUAAACAACAACCUAAACCACUUGAAAUUUGGCUUGGAUCAUCAUCGACUGUCUUCUACACAAACUGCAGCAAAGCAAGGGAAAACAGACUUGCCCCCAGCAAGAGCGGGAAAUGACAAGAUUGUUCUAUUAGUGUGUAACCGAGCCUGCACUGGGCAGCAAGGGAAAAGAUUUGGACUGCCUUUUGUGCUGCACUUAGAGAAGACAAUAGCGUGGGACCUUCUGCAGAAGGAAAUCUUGGAGAAGAUGAAGUAUUUCUUGAGGCCCACAGUUUGCAUCCAGGUGUGUCCAUUCAGUUUGCGUGUUGUCAGUGUUGUGGGGAUAACAUACUUGCUGCCCCAGGAGGAGCAGCCGCUGUGCCACCCAACAGUAGAAAGGGCGUUAAAAUCUUGUGGACCAGGUGGCACUGCUCAUGUGAAGUUAGUGGUAGAAUGGGACAAGGAAACAAAAGAUUUCUUGUUUGUAAAUACUGAAGAUGAGUAUAUUCCUGAUGCAGAAAGCGUCCGUCUGCAGAGGGAGCGUCAUCAUCAGCCUCAGACUUGCACUUUAUCCCAGUGUUUCCAGCUCUACACCAAAGAGGAGCGGCUUGCUCCAGAUGACGCCUGGCGCUGCCCGCACUGUAAGCAGCUGCAGCAGGGGAGCAUUACGUUAAGCCUCUGGACUCUGCCUGAUGUGCUUAUUAUACAUCUAAAGAGAUUUCGACAGGAAGGAGACAGGCGUAUGAAACUUCAGAACAUGGUCAAGUUCCCCUUGACUGGCCUGGACAUGACACCUCAUGUGGUUAAGAGAAGUCAGAGCAGCUGGAGUUUGCCAUCCCAUUGGUCUCCAUGGAGACGGCCCUAUGGACUCGGGAGGGACCCUGAGGACUACGUCUAUGACCUGUAUGCUGUGUGCAAUCAUCAUGGCACCAUGCAAGGGGGGCACUACACAGCGUACUGUAAGAACUCUGUGGAUGGCCUCUGGUACUGCUUCGAUGACAGUGAUGUGCAGCAGCUGUCGGAAGAUGAGGUCUGCACACAGAUGGCAUACAUCCUUUUCUACCAGAGGCGGACAGCUAUUCCAUCAUGGUCGGCCAACAGCUCAGUGGCAGGCUCCACAAGUUCUUCCUUGUGUGAACACUGGGUGAGCCGGCUUCCGGGGAGCAAGCAAGCCAGCGUGACCUCUGCAGCUUCCUCCAGACGCACCUCCCUGGCCUCGUUGUCCGAGUCGGUGGAGAUGGCCGGGGAGAGGAGUGAAGACGAUGGAGGUUUCUCAACUCGACCAUUCGUGAGAAGUGUCCAGCGUCAGAGCUUGUCAUCCAGAUCUUCUGUCACCAGCCCCUUGGCCGUUAACGACAAUUGCAUUAGACCUUCUUGGUCCUUGUCCACCAAGCUGCAGAUGCGCUCCAGUUCUCCCUCCCGGUUCUCAGGGGACUCACCGAUCCACACCUCUGCCUCCACCUUGGAGAAGAUCGGGGAGGCAGUGGAUGACAAGGUCUCCAUCUCUUGCUUUGGCAGCUUAAGGAACCUUGCCAGCAGUUACCAGGAACCAAGUGAUAGUCACAGCCGACGUGAGCACAAGGCUGUGGGUCGGGCCCCUCUGGCUGUCAUGGAAGGUGUGUUCAGAGAUGAAUCAGACAUCCGCAAAUUGAACUCCAGUGUUGUAGACACACACAGCAAAAACUCAGCACAAGGGGAUCGUGUGCCCCCAGUCUCUGAUCCAUUUGAUAACAAUAACCAGAUUGCUUAUGUGGAUCAGAGCGAUUCUGUAGACAGCUCUCCAGUCAAAGAGGUGAAACCCACAAGCCACCCGGGCUCCCUCACAAAGAAAUCAGACAGCACAGCCAAGAGAUCCCCCAGCUCCAAAGGCGCUUCUGAGCCAGAUAGAAGCUUGCGGAAGGGGAGACCAGUCUUGGCAAGCCAGGAAUCAUCUCUUUCAAGUACAUCUCCUUCUUCUCCUGUUCCUGUAAAAGUUUCUAUAAAGCCCUCCCGCUCCCGAAGCAAAGCAGAUUCUUCUUCCAGGGCCAGUGGACGGCAUUCCUCCCCUGCCUCUGGCCAGCCCAGAAAGCAGUCCUCCCCCAAACCCCAGGACUCCGUGUCAUCUCCUUCGCCCCAGAAGCAGAAAUCAUCUUCCUCCCUCACCUACACUGCUUCCUCCACAUCUGCCAAAAAAGCCUCGGGCUCUGCUGCAAAGGGUCCCUUCCCUCCUGGGAAGAGCAGGACUUCAGACCGGAGCUUGAGUAGAGAGGGCUCCAGGCAAAGCCUGGCUUCGGACAGAGCCAGCGUCACCUCCAGCUCUAAACCCAACUCCCCUCGGGUGAACCAGGCCAGGGCCGGGGAGGGCCGAGGGGACGGAAAGCACGUCAGGAGCUCCUCCAUGGCCAGCCUGCGUUCCCCCAACACAAACAUGAAGGCUGGUCUGAAGAGGGACAGCAAGUCGGAGGACAAGGGGCUAUCCUUCUUCAAGUCAGCUUUGCGACAGAAGGAAACCCGGCGGUCGACUGACCUUGGCAAAACAACCUUGCUCUCCAGGAAGGCCGGUGGGAGCUCUGUCAAGUCGGCUGGUAAGAAUGCUGGGGAUGAGAAGGCAGAGAAAGGCUACCAGCCUCCAGGUAUCCAGCAGCCAAGUGCAAGUGCAGUUGGAAAAGAGCAGCUUGUCUCCAAGGACCCUGCUUCUGCUAAACAUUCCCUGCUGUCCGCUCGCAAAUCCAAGUCUUCCCAGCUAGAUUCUGGAGUGCCCCCAUCUCCUGGUGGCAGGCAGUCUGCUGCGAAAUCCUCAAAACAGUUCUCUUCUAGCAUGCAAACCUCUGCACGGCCUUCUCAAAAACCUCAGUGAUGUUUCUGCAAUCCAAGUGUUUUAUCUGUAAAGAUGUUUAUUUAUUUAGAACCCCUUCCCUCCCACCAAAGCCUUCUAUGCUUUUGUUUUGUAUGUUUCGGGUCACGUGCCUAGUGUGUGUGCGCGUGUGUGCGCGCGUGUGUGUGUAGAAUUCAACUGCAAAUUGUUAAAAGCGUCGCCUUAUUCUGCCAUUGAACCAAAUAACAGCCAUAGGCAAAGCAUUGAUACCAAGCUAACUGGAAUAAUUGUAGACGAGACCCUGGGUGGUCCCUUUAGCAAUUGUACAUAUUUCUUUCUAGAGAACUCUAAUGACUUUUGUUGGAUACUAGGGUUUGGAAACCUGUGAGCCAGUUAAGCUGUCAUUAGUGUGUGCUGUGGAAGGACCGGUUAUUUGACUUGGGUUUCCUCUGAGCAGGAUUUGUCCUCACAGCUAAUUGUCAUGUGGCACCAGGAGCUCUAAAAACUGUGACGCUAAGAGUGAAACAAACCGAGAGAAGACUAUUGCUUUCUGCACUUUGGCCCCAUCUACCAGUCUCUGCAAAGGGCAAUAUUUUAACACUAAUGUUUCUCAGGUAUAUACUCAGCCAGUCUAGGGUGGAUGCGCAAUGAAGAAGGUGGCCUGUGAGUGACUGUCAUUUCUCCGACUGCCACAGAUAGAAAUUUCUAGAGGUAGAAAUGAAGUCUUUCAUAGCUUCAUGUCUGCAAAGAUGUGUGUACCAUAAGCUGUCUUGAUUCUUAGGAUAUGUCCUAAGAGGUGGCAAAUGGGACAGCCAGAGAGCCAGUCACUGAUUAAUUUUGUUUUCCUUCUAAAUUCGCUAGCUAUGGCCAUGGGAUUUUGAAAGGUAGAGCAGUUGACAUCUUUGAAAGAUUUCCGGAAAAAAAUGGAUUCUGAACUGGAUGCAUGAAUCUGUACCAUUUUCCUUCUCUGGUGUUGCUUUUCUCUAUGUUAGAAGCUGAAAGCUCCGUGUUGCCCUGUGUGCGCAUGCCCAUGUUUCUUGUAACUUGGAGAGGAAAGAAGUUGCCUAAUGCCAAAAGUCAGUUGAUGGUGUGUUGAAGCAACGUGUGACACAGUAUUAUGUGUGCGCUUCUGAUGCUGCCUGUCAGUCUCAGUUGUAGACUGCUUUUCAGUAAGUCAUUUAUUUCUUCUUUGUGCUUAAGACUUAAUCUCUUACCCAGGACUCAGAAGCAGGAUUGGAGCAUGUUCCAUCUGGCAUUGUCAGUGCAAAUUGCAUUUCUUGUUUAGAAAACCAGGGAACCUCACAAAAAUCUCACAGAUAAGCAAGAUACAUAGUUCUUCAAGCUUUCUGGAGGUAUCCUGGCAAUUUUUAGCUUUCUUUUUUUUUUUUUUCUAUUUUUUUAAAAAUGUCAAGAGAGUCAUGGUCCUGAUUCUCUUUGAAUAGCAUUUGUCACUUUGCCAUGAAAUAUAGCAUGCUAAGUUUAUAUGCUUUUAAAUAUUAACUUUUAAAAAAAUUAUAAACCCUUCCAGUUCUUCCUGAACUCUUGGUGCACAGAUCCAUUUAUAACCUCCUUUUUCAGUAUUGCUGUCUGUGAAGUAAUUAGAACAUGUACACAUGCAUAGCUAUGAAUUCUGCACUGCCUUUUUUUUUUUCCUGUCCCCCCCCUCCCCCCGCCCCCAUGAAUACCUCUUGGGAAAUAUUUCCAGUAGGUUUCUAACUUUAUUUUGCUGCUACUUUGAGCAUGAGCAGGUAACUUGCAAGUCUGGAGGCCAUUUAUGUUGAGGGUAGCUGGCAUUUUAGACCCUUGCAAUUUUUAAGACUUGGCUACUCAGCCUUGUGAAAGUUACCAUAGUGCUCCAUGAAGUUCAUUGAACGUGAGCCUGUUGCCCGGUGCACUCGGUCCUGUACUCACCCCUUCACUAGGUAUCGCUGUUGCACUGCAUGGGCUUCUGGUCUCCCAAAGCAGCGUUCCUCUCCUCUACUGUAGUGUGACUGUCGAAGACUGGCUGCCCUCAGUGUGGUCACUGCUUCCACGGGCACCUGACAGCCCCAUCAGUGUUUAGCCACCGCUGGUUUUUCUGUGUCACUUUUAUUUCCUGGAAAGGAUGCACCAAGUAUGGGAUCAACAGUAUCAGGAGUUGAAUGUUUGUCUGAUUUGAGCCUCUCGUCUUUCUUUGAAAUAGAUAAAUCUCAUUUGAAAUCUCCUAUCUGAAGCUCUGAAACAGCCUUAGAAUUAUAGUUUGACUACAUAAAGGUUUUUAAUAACACCUUUUUCUGGGGCUGUUACCAGUUAAGCAUAAGUAGGAUCUAGUUUAACUUUCACAGUGGCAAAUAUUUUUAUUCUCAAGUCCUCCAGGAAUGGAUUUUCCAUUAUAUCUAGUGUUUUCAAAAAAACAAAAAACAAAAACAAAAACAAGCAAACAAAAAAACCAACUCUACAAAUUUCUUUAAUUUUCCAUGGGACCUAGAAAUAAAAUUUCAGUAUCUGUAAAUAAUAUGUCUAUGGAGUUUAGUCUUUUUUUUUUUCAGAUUUAAAUGAAAAAAAAAAUCAGGAAGUAUAAUGGCAUUGUCUAGACUUCUUUAAGCUGUUCCAUUUCUGUGCUUGGUAAACAAUGAAAAUCUCAUCCAUAUCUACUAGGUACAACUUUUAAGUCACAGAAAAGGUUAUUUGCCCAAAAGUUUGAAGGUGCUCUUUGAGGUGUGAAAGAUCUUAUGGGAAAAUUAUUACUUGGUUCAAUUCGGUUGUUCAGUAGGUUAGGGACUUGAUGUUUGUUUUGUUUUUUAUUUUCUCAGUGAUGUUUGGCAUAUUGAGCAUAUCUAUGCUUUGGGGUUAAAAAUGAUCUGCCAAGGCUGGUGGGCCUGAGUUUCUGGUUGGCAACCAGGUGGGCCUGAUUAGAGCAGUCAUUUCCUGGUAGGCACAGAGUAAUCCCUGACAGGAGUGUGGCUCCUUAAUGUUUUUUGCUUUUAAAAAACUUUUUAUUUUUGAUUUCUUUUCCUGUGAACAUCCAGUGCACUGAGGCUAUGUCAUUCCUUCAGACAGCCCUACACCUUGCCUUUGUAAUCCCUUGUAUAAUGUGGAACCACAACGAAACUGUUAAGCUCAUGUCAUCUCAAGAUCACCUCCCAGCCCUUGUGUUUUCCCAUCCUAAAAGCAGCCUAACUGAAAGGAAGUAAUACCUUGCUGGGCCAAUAGAAAUGGACGUGGGAGUAUUUGUGGUCUGGUAAAAUAUUGUAAUUCUUGAUGAAGCUGCCAUAAAUCCUUGUAAUCAUUCUUUCCUCAUUCAUUCAUUCAUUCUGCAAGCAUUCGUUGAGGGCCUGCUUUGCUCGUAAAGGCAAGCGGAAAGCGUCAGGAAUUCGCUGUAGCUGAGGAGCCCUGGGAGCCCAGCCGAUGAGCCAGGGGAUGCCAGUGAUACCCUAAAUGGGGUGACGGUCCCUCCCCCCCCCAAACAGAGAGCAGAUGGAUUCUGGUGAAGCAGUCAAGGCCUGUGGUCCUCUUGAGCAAGUCUCUCCUGUUCCGGAAACCAAAAGUGCCCUUCUUCAUCUUCGGAGACAUUUUACUCUUACAUCCACUUUUUCAGACUGAGCUGUCUCUACUACUUAGGGGUUGAAAAUCCAUUACGAAGUCACUUUCCAUUAGAAUUUGGUCAUCCACGUGUGUAUGAAAUAGAUGUGGGGGUUGGGGGAGGGGGACAAAUUGCCAUCCCUCUAAAGUAACUAUCGUGGAAAAAAUGAGGGACAGUUUGUCCAGGAAGCAGUAGUGUCAGCCUUUAGGAAAAAUGGAGCGGAGAUGAGCUGUGAACAAAGCUCACUUAUUUCAAAUAAACAUGUUUUUUUAAAAAUAGAUUGACAUCUGAUGUUACAUUUCAUUCUGACAAAUUACCGAAGAGCUGAAGUUGUUGUUUCCUACGUAGGUUAUCGGAAUUAUUGGAUGCCAAGAUAAUUAGUGUUUCUGGGUUGGAUUUUUGAGAUAGUAUGCAAAUCAUAAGCACAGUUUCAAUAAAACACAUAUUCUGUGAGGCGUGUUGAACUUGUAUUAUUUGGAAUUGAGAAGAGCAAAAUUUGCUGACAAACCAGCGCCUAUAUCAUAAACAGAAAGCAGCUGCUACUGUGCUGUCUUCAUGUUCAUAAAGGACACAUUACUGUGUUAAACCUGACUACAUUUUUCGAGGGGAAAUCCUGUGCUUUCUUUAAAUGAACACUUAAUGUUUCACACUGCCUUUUGAUCAACUCUCAAAGUGUUCGUUUUGCAGCUGCAGUUUGAGCAUGACCAGUCAUUUUUUCCCCCAAGUAAUGACAACAGUUUUGCUUGGCCUCCAUAUAACCCAGAAAGCAUGUUCUUACCACCUAUGCAAACAACUAAUAAAAUGUAGACUACCCUAAAUGUAAAUUUUAAAAAAGGCAGUUCUUGGAUAAUGGAGCUCUAUUUUUGAAUUUGUAAUUUUUUUACAUGUGGCUUUAUCAUCAAUACUGAAGAGCCUGAAUAUAUUUUCUUGUUUUGCUUUGCACAUGUUUCUCUUUGCUGUUUUGUUUUGUUUUUGUUUUUUGAUCGUCGGCAAGAUUGUAAAAUAAGUAUUUUGCAAGCAGGAGUGGAAUUGGAUAUAUUGAACACACAUGGGUUUAUAUACUGUAUUUAGCCUGAACACUUUUCCUAAAGUAUUUUGUUUUAAAAAUAACCUGCCAUUUUCUAUAGAUUUUAAUUUUUUAUAUCUCCUAGGGUUCUAUCGUGGUCACAGGGAGAGAAUGUGGAUUCUAAUAGUGCUAACAAUUUUAAAAUGCUUUUGUAGAGACUUAGAGCUGUUUUGAAAAGCUUUGGAGCUUCCCAACCACUGGUCACAAUAAGACUAAGCUCGUGGAAUUUAUGGUAGCAUUCUGUAGUGGAUUAGGUUCUAGAUCCAUCUCAUAAGCAUUUAAAACAGGUGUUUCCCAAUUUUGGAGGGAAGGGGGAUCCACUGCAGGCUUGCAAGCCUUUUUUCAAAUCUCAUACAUGUACUCUCACCAAGAUUCUGUUAAGCCUCUUCUGAAUGACUUGUCUGAGAUUCUGAUACUCAGCAUUCACUAGCAUCAUCUAGAGAACUUUUACAAAUGCCUGGGUCCCACUCCCAAGCUUUUGAUCUAACUAGUGUAGGGGCAGGUCCCAGGAAUUGCCAUACAUUUUAAAGCUCGUGGGGGUUUCUAAUUUGCGGUCAGAAUUGAGAACCACUGUGCUACACCAUCCCUAUGGUGAGAAUCACUGCCAUGUGAAGCAUUCAGGAGUGACUCAGACUCUGUUUCGUUGGAGAGGAAAGAAAAAAAAAAAAGAGUCAGAACCACUGAUAUUAACAUCCUGUUUGAAAUAAGGGAGCCUUUCUGAUUUGAGACCCUAUUUGGGUGCUUGGAGCCUUUGGUGGGUGGCCCAACACUUGCCAGUCGAUUGGGAUUCAGUGGUCUUCAGUUUGCUGGAGCAGACAGAGUCCCCUGUGGGGUGUGCAUCCUUCCCAGGGCCUUUUCCCUGGAUGCCACCACAGGGCCAGACCCACAGGGGAGUUGGGAAGUCACUCUGAGUUAGAAAAUGCUGAAGUAAAGCCUUUGUGGCCUUGGAAAACCUGUUCCUGAUUUUGAUAGAAUGACUAUCUUUGUAGUAAUUACAAUAGCAAACUCCAGGCUGCCACCUAAUUUCCUAGUUAGCUCAUUCUCUACUUAUCCGCAGUGUAAUUUUAGGAGUUAUUUUUAGUUUAAAAAUGAAUGUGAGACAUUUUAUUUGGAGUCUUUUUUUUUUUUUUUUUUGGUAACCCUCAAUGUUUUUUCAUGUAAUUACAAAAUAUCAAAUAAUACUCAUCCAAAAAUUUGGCAGUAUAUGUUACCUAUGGAGGCAAAUGAAAUUUAGUUUUAAUCUGUGGUGAGCCGAAGGCACUUUAAACAACUUCAAAGUAGUCUGCUGUGUUUCUCAGGUGGUUUCAUCCUGUUGAGCAUGAUGCUACCUACAAAAAAACAAAACAAAACAAAAAAAACACACAACUUACCUGGUGUUUUCAACAUUUCAAGGAAUAAAGAUUUAAGUAAAAAUCCAAGUUGGAAAUCCCCCUGUAGAAAAGCCCCUUGAAGCAGAAUGGCCUGUUGUGGUGAAUUUGCAAUGUGAAGUUGCCUACAGGUGCUAUUCUAAGUGGUGCGGCAUCCUCGUACCAGAUGGGAAGGCAAUUCCAGUGUUUGCUGAAGCUCACGUUCUCUCUGUCGGCCUUUCAAAUGUGCGUUUGUGUUCCCUGUCAGUUUGCUCACCAACUGUGCCUCUCACCACUGGUUAAAAUCGAAUUCAAGCCCCAUUACAAAAACAGUUUCUUCCCUGAAUGCUUCAGUUUUACACUGGAAUUUCUGCAGUUGUCUUAAAAGCUGCAUGUCCCUGUCACUGUACACAGAAUGCCUUGAUAUUGUUCAUGCACCGUUCAUAGUGAUUUCUCUACCAUUUUCUUCUUUAGUUGUACAGUAAUACGGAAGGCAGGAUGCCUUUCCUUGAGGCUGGAAGAAAAGUGUACCAUACAUUUUAAAUUAUUUUAGAAACAAGUGCAUGAGUUGUGUCACUGACUUCUGUUAUUUAUUUGUAUGUUUUAUUAUUCAAGGUGUAUGCACUUUUAAGAAGCAAAAUUUAUAUUUUUAUGUUUAAAACAUUUUAUUUCUGGAACAGCAGUUGAUUAUAUAGUAUACAGUUGGAAUUAAGAGAAAAGUGGAAACUGUAACAAAAUAUAAUAAAUUUAUUACAUGAUGCCCUCCUUAAGCCAUAUUCCUCUUUCUCCCCUUGCCAACCUAUGUCUUUUUGGUGUUGAGUAGCUUGGAAAUUAAGCAGGAAUUAUCUUUGUACCACACUGAUCUCUACAAAAUACUUUAAAACCAUAGUGUGAAGUGAAAACAAGUUACAGAAGAAUACAGACAGGUACUCUAUAUGUAAAAUUUUAAAACAAAAAAAAAAUCACAUCUAUGCUUAUUUUAAUUUUCACAAUCAGGGAUUAUUCCACUUUCUCUAAGAGGUAGUGUGUCCUGGGCCAUGGGGUUGGGCAAGAACUCACAGUCUGGCUCAAUUCCCGCAAAGGAGCCGUUCUUUUCUGGGCACUCUCUUGCCACAGAUAUCCUCGUUUUUAACCAUAUGUUCUGAAAAAAUUUUUCCCAGUCUUUACCUCCUCUCAGGACAGGACUUCCUGUCGAGGAUGUCACAUUACUUAUGACCACUUGGGGGCACCAAAGAUCGCCAUCGUCAAAUGUAAUUUAAAAGUCUAGUGUGUUCUUCGCCUCUCUGUUGACAUGCUUAUUCAUUAUGAGUUGAGUGCAUUUUCAGCGAAGCAGGGGUUUCAGUUUAGAUGGGUACCACCAGCCAUCGUUUUUCAUGGAAACUAUUAAGUGCAGGUCAUAGAGCAGCUCUUGUUUUCUAAAGCUCAGCAGGAUGGUUUAGGAUUAGGACAGGGAAACGGUUCCUAACCAAGGACAGGUGUGAACCACAUGCCCUAAAACUGAGGUACAGCACUUACAAACCUCUCUAAUUUUAAAUAGUGAAGUUUUGUUUUAGUUUCCAUAAAGAGUUUAACCAUGUAAUACACUGAUUAUUCAAGAGACUUCAUUAUGCCUGAAAGUAUUUACGUGUCAUAAAGUACAUAGACUUAAUAGUCAUACAGAUAUUUACGAUCAUUUUGUCUGUCUCCAUAGAAUUUGGAAGAUUAUUUUCAAAUAUUUGAAUGAUCAGUAUCUCCCUGUACACCAAUCUGUCCUCUAUCAGUCUUCCUGGAGAAAGCAGGGGCAUGAUAAACCCCUGGCCCUGGACCACAUGUUCCUCUGGGCCCAGGGAAUGAUUCUAGGCCACUAUAACUCCAUAGGAUGAGGCUUCGGCCUGUUCCCCAACCUCAGUGUCCCCUUUCUAUUUCUGAGGCCCACUGCUAAGUUCUCCCAGGUGGUGGUUUUGGUUUUCCUUUUUGCGGCCCUGUUCUGAGUCUGAGGCAUCUCCACGCUGGUCAUCUGGUAGAUCUCACCUCUCCAGGUAGGUUGGGUCUACCUCAUGUAGAACCCUCUGGAUUUCAGUCUUGAUUUGGUCUGGUCUUAGCCAUGUUUCUCACCCCCUGUCAACAUUGGCUACACACAGAAAGGACAAGGGCUCUCUCCUAGAGUGAUAGGUUUUUGUAUCAUGCCAUAUAGCCUGAUGGCCUUGCACCUUAUUUCUUCAAGAGUUCAGGGCUCUGAUGUUAAUCUGACUCGUUCUUUGUAUUUACUACAGCUUGGUUUUUCUUAAAGUGGGAAGGUGUUGUGAGUUGUAGUCAGAAUCAGGCCUCCCCGCCACUGGCAGGCUCUGCUGCGCCUUUCCUUUGCUUCAGAAAAAUCCACAGAGGCCCACAGUAUACAGACCCAGUCUCCAAGACUUGGAUGGUGUCAGAUUCGUCAUCCCUUCAGAGAGUGGGAAGAGGAAGGCACAUGUGGGGAUGGUGCUGUGUGGCUGAGGAUGGGUGGCGCCAGCUUCAGGGUUCCCAAUCCACAAAAGGUUGUGGUGGAGAAAGUGUCCCUUUACUGUUGCACUCAAGAUCGAAGUACAGAUUCUUUUGUUUUGCAGUGCUUCCUGUAUGCCAGAAUGCUGGGGGUAUGACCAUGUCCGAGGAGCUCACGGUCUAGCCGGUGUCAAGUUGGUUGAUAGAUAAUUAACAUUUUGGUGCUUACUGCCGUGCCAUUUACUCAUUGCUCUUCCCUCAAGGCAUCACCACGUUCCCAUCCCUCUUCCAGCACAUUUCCCGGAAUUCUGCCUAGGAGGCUUGUCUCCAAGGUACCCACAUGGCCCAUCCUGUCAUCUCCUUCAUGUCUUUACUCAGAUGUCACUGUCUCAGUGAGGCCUUCCCUGACCGUCCUUUUAAAACAUUGCAACCUGCUUCAUGUUCUCCCCCUUUCCUACCUUAUUAUAUUCUUCAUGUAACUUGUCACCAACUACCACAGUCUGUAUGCAACAUAAUCUACAAUAUACAGGCAACAUCGGUCUAUCUGCAGUAUAUAUGCAACGUAGAAUAUAUGCAAUGUAGUCGGUCUAUAUGCAGUAGUAUAAGUGCUACCUCAGUCUAUAAGCAAUACGUACGCAGUGCAUAGUCUGUAUGCAAUAUAUGUGCAACACAGAGUCUGUGUGCAUACAGAGUACAUAAGCUCACUUCUAUAGCUUGUUUACCUGCUCUGUUCACCGCUCUUUCCCGGUACCUCAGAGAGUGCCAAGCAUAUUAGUACUUAGUAAAAAUUGACUACCUGAAUUAGUGGAUUUGCUUGAGUAAUCCACUUACCAUUCUGAGUCCCCUUCCUAUCUAGAAGAUGAAGAACAGUACUUUCAUCAUGGAGUUGUGAGGGUUAAAUAGGAAGGAUGCCCAUUAUGUGUCGUCCGGCACAGUGCCUGGCAUAGAGAAAGGGCCCAGGGAAUAGUG